UUUGGUUUGAAACAAAGCACCCGUAUAUAAAUGCUAACCCACUAGAAGAGAGAGUGAAGGGGGCAAAGCCAUGAUGAAGAAGGCACAGAAAAGAAAUCAAUCCUACCGAAAGCCUUGUCAAGACGAAGUUGGGGCAAAGGCAGACAUGAUAGUAUCCACUCUGCAAAGAGGAAAAAUUGCUUGCGAAUCAGAAGAAGAGUGGCCAAACCAACUAUGACGACGAAGGCGUCGGAGAAACGAAAUCAGCCAUCAUGCCUCAUAGAUCGUCUUCCUCGCGAUGUACUUAUGGGCAUACUUUCUACACUGCGAGUCAAAUCUCUCUUGCAAUUGAGGUGCGUAUGCAAAUCCUGUUACUUUUUAAUCUCCAACUCCCAAUUCGUUAAAACCCAUCUCAAUCUAUCAAUCGCAUGUCCUGAUCUCCUAAAACAAAGACAACACAUUUUCAUGAUGACUAACCUAAGCAUCUCCGAGUGUCCCUACGCCUUCACCCUCGAAUCGGCUUUACCUGAUGACAAUGUCGGCGACAUUGUGCCUUCUGUAGUAAAACUUGAUUGUAUCCCUGAGAUAAAAAAAUAUACUUUUGGUUCAUACACUACAGUAAUUGGUUCUUGCGAUGGUUUGUUGUGUUUGAGGUUCGGGUCAACAGCUUUUUAUGUAUUCAAUCUCUCUACCAGAGAGUCCAAACGAAUUCCUGAACCUGAUUUCAAAUUCUGUUACUGGGAAGAUUUUUAUAUAUUGGGAUUUGGCUAUGAUCAAUCCGUCCAUGAUUACAAGCUGGUGGCAGGAGAUAAAAAAAGGUUCUAUGUAUAUUCCCUAAGAACUGAUUCGUGGAAAAAGGUUGAAGGCCUUCCGCCUAAACCUUUAUCUGUUUCUGUUGGGAUACUGCUGAAUGGAGUAAUCCACUGGCUCUUGCCUUUGAAAAGGCGAUUAAAGAUUGUUACUUUCUGUUUUGCGGAUGAGAAAUUCUGUGAGUUUCCGCUGCCUACAUUCUCUUUUCGUUGCACAUCCGAACUUGGGUUGCUUGGAGGAUGUCUGUGUAUACUACUGGGUCGUGGUAAUGAAAUUUGGGUGAUGAAGGAAUACGGGCGUGAUACAGUCUUGGACCAAAGUGGUGAUUGAAAUCCCAUCUUUCAGAAUCCAAACAUUGGCUUGCUUGGAGAAUCAUGAAGCCAUAUUAAAGAUAGACUCCAAGAAGUUAGUUCUGUACAACACAAGAGAGAGAACAUAUAGGGAUCUGGUGCUUCCAGAUUUCUUUGAUUUGAGAAGGAUUGGAGCUUAUGUGGAGAGCCUUGUAUCGCCCUGUCGUGGAAAUUUGAGUUAGAGGAAAUAUGAAGUUCAAAUUAAAUUCAAGAUGAAGGAUGACCGCAAAGAUCAUUCCCAUUUUGAACUAGUGAUUGAGUGCAUACUGCAAGUUGCUGUUCAAGAAAAACAAAACUACUGUAUUGGCUCUUUAGUUAUUUAUCGUUGUUGUAUCUGGGUAAGUUGCUUAUAUUUUGUUUUAAGGUUGUCAUGGAAAAUUGUGUAUGCAUGUAUAAUGUUUAGAUUAUUAUGUGGGGUGCAUUCGUAACUGUACGGGCUUCUUAGUUUCUUCGUCCCUGUUAGUGGAUGUCGCCUAUAUAAUUGAAGAAUUUUUUGACUUUCUUGGAGAAUUUUGAUAAA